UUGGUAUGGGUGUCAGAGUUACCUCCUUGAAAAAGUCUGAAAAAUCAGAGUAGCCUUCAUGCUGCCGCUGGGGAGCGCGCUGCAAGUUCGUGCACCAGGCGCCCGCACCCACCCAGCACGCACAGCGGCAACCGCUACGCCGAGCUCAGUGGGGAGUGGGGGGGGGGGGAGGAUGGGGAGGUGGUGGCAGGGGGCAGGGGGAGGGGGAGGUGGAGGGGGGCGAGGAGGGCGCGGAGGGGGGAGUGGUGCAGGGCAGGGAGGGGGUGGGGGGCAGCAGAUUGUGCAGCGAGAGCACAGCUGCGUGGACCGCUUGGACUGUGAGUCGAUCAUAGCAGAGGAUGCGGAGAAGGAGCGCCCGCUGUGGAGGGCGUCCGUGUACGCGCACUGGAAGUAUCUGCCAUGCGAUGUGGGGUCAGAUGUGAGUCAUGAGGAGGCGCGCCUGCUCGCCUACACACAGGCACAGCAGGGAGUCCCCCUCCCAUCCAUUGUGGCAUCAGAGCGCGCCAUGCUUGCCAAUGCUGAUGCCGCCCACGCUGCCUUCCGCUCGCACCGCUACACCGGCCCUGUCAGACAGCCUCCCAGCGCUCCGCCCGCCAUGGCCUUCCCCCCCGCCACCUUUGCCCCGCCCUCCCCCCCUGCGUUCAUGGCGCCUCCAUCAGCCCCCAGUGCCCCCCUUGGUGCUGGCGGCAUGCUGUUCGGGAAAGUCAUUUCGCAAGCACGGCCUGCCACUGCCAUGGCACCAUCGCCCUUCUCCUCCUCACCCAUCUCCUCUUUCCCCACGCCCCAACAACCGUCACCCUUCCCCUUUGGCCCCUCUCAAGCCUUAGCAUCGCCCUCCCCCGCUGCUUCGCCCUUUACCCCCUUCUCUAGCGCCCCAUCUCCCUUCUCACCAGCAACUCCACAGCCCCACCUGCUAUUUGGACAACCCACCGCCUCUCCCUUCCAUCCCGCCCCUUCAUCCUCCCCCUUCGCCACUAUCCCGUCACCUGCCCCCUUCGCCCCACUCGCCGCUGCCAGCCCAUCGCCCCUGCCCUCCUUCCCCCAGCCCGCUGCCGCCGUGCACGUGCCUGGUAGCAGCGCAGCCAGUGUUGGGGGCGUGGGCGGUGGAGAGGGGUCCGUGUGGAGCAGUGGGCGGUGGAGGCUUGGAGAGAUACCGGAAGAGGAGCCGCCUCCGGCUGUCUGCGUGUGAAACGAGCAAUUCUAGAGCCACCUACGCCGCAGUGCUCAAAGCUGCCAGCCAGCGGCAAUCAGAUGGGGUAGUGCAUUUGACAGUAUUGUAUCAUGGAAUGUUGGGGUUAGCGCAUGUUGGGCUGAGAAAUGCCCUUAGGAUCUUUUCAGAGACUGUCCCAGUUGAAGAUUGAGACUUGAGUAGUGCAGCGGAAGUUGAGGCAGUUGAACCCUUGUACUAGUAUAUGAGAACAAAGACUAAGUCCCAGUUGAAGAUUGAGACUUGAGUAGUGCAGCGGAAGUUGAGGCAGUUGAACCCUUGUACUAGUAUAUGAGAACAAGUGAUAAUUAAAGAAACAAGCAUACA